AUGGCUCUGGGGAAGUUUCUGUUCAGUAUCGCUCUGAUCUUCCAUCUCUCUUUUGAAGAAUGUGGCAUGAUGCCAAAGUCAGGGCACAUGCCCUGGAUGGCUGUCAUUGCUGUUGAUGGGGACCCCUGCUGCUUCGGGUCUCUUAUUAGCCCCAACUUUGUGCUGACAGACAGUCACUGUGGAUUUGGACCUGAGAGUAACAUACGGAUCUCUCUGGGAAACAUGGGGACUGGAGGUCAUGGAGACAACUACCAAGAGAUGAGGAGUGUUGAAUACUACAAGUGCAACGAGCCCACAGCCAAGUCACAUCUAACCAAGGACGGCAUUUGUCUCCUGAAGCUCUCAAGCCUGGUGAUGUUCACAGAACACGUCUAUCCCAUCUGCUUACCUGAGAGCUCAGAAUACCCUUUCCCCACCGGGAUGCUGAGCUACCUCACGACCGGAACAUCUCCUGGAGGCCUGGUGAAAGUGCCGAUAGUCGGAUACAACCAGUGUAAAUGCUCCUACCCUACACUCAACCAGUAUCAGAUCUGUGCUGGACAGGGAUACGGACCACCAAGGCUGAACAGAUGUCUGGACAAUCUGGGGGCCGGUGUUGUGACCACAAUCGAUGGCCUCAUGACCCUGGUUGGCGUUGUGAGUGUGGAUCAAAGCUGCACCGAUCAUGGAUAUCUCAGACCGUUCACUGCUGUGUCCCCGUUCUACAGCUUCAUCCAAGGAGUGGCCUGUGACGUCCCACCAACCUUCGUUUCCGUCCACCCCACAGGAUUUGACCCUGACACCAACUUUGUCUGUCCAGCACCUCGUCAUCCCGAGCCGGGACUACCAGUGGAUGGCAAGGAGGAAUGCGGCAUGAUGACAAAGUCAGGGUACAUGCCCUGGAUGGCUGUUAUUGCCGUCGAUGGGGACCCCUGCUGCUUCAGGUCUCUUAUUAGCCCCGACUUUGUGCUGACAGACGGACACUGUGGAUUUGGACCUGAGAGUAACAUACGGAUCUCUCUGGGACACAUGGUGACUGGAGGUCAUGGAGACAAUUGCCAAGAGAUGAGGAGUGUUGAAUACUACAAGUGCAACGAGCCCACAGCCAAGUCACAUCUAACCAAGGAUGGCAUUUGUCUCCUGAAGCUCUCAAGCCCGGUGAAUUUCACAGAAAAUGUCUCUCCCAUCUGCUUACCUGAGAGCUCAGAAUGGCCUUUCCCCACCGGGAUGCCGAGCUACCUCACGACUGGAACAUCUCCUGGAGACCUGGUGAAAGUGCAGAUAGUCGGAUACAACCAGUGUAAAUGCUCCUACCCUAUACUCAACCAGUAUCAGAUCUGUGCUGGACAGGGAUACGGACCACCAAGGCUGAACAGAUGUCUGGACAAUCUGGGGGCUGGUGUUGUCACCAAAAUCGAUGGCCUCAUGACCCUGGUUGGCGUUGUGAGUGUGGAUCAAAGCUGCACCGAUCAUGGAUAUCUCAGACCGUUCACUGCCGUGGCCCUGUUCUACAGCUUCAUCCAAGGAGUGGCCUGUGACGUCCCACCGGUCUUCAUUCCCUUCCACCUCACAGGAUUUGACCCUGACACCAACUUCGUCUGUUCAGCACCUCGUCAUCCCGAGCCGGGACUACCAGUGGAUGGCAAGGAGGGUUUUGAGGAUAUUUUUACUGAUGGCGUAGCAGGGAUGCACUCUUCCCCCUUCAUCUUCCUCUGUGUUCUUGUUCUCUCUCUCUUCAUUACUCACUGA